AUUCUUCCUUCUGAAUUCCAGUAAGCAGCAACUGCUAUCGAGCUAUUACAAUUUGCUUUGGUUUGGUUGACAUUGCUUUCCAGCAUACAUACUUCUUUUUCCAGAGCCGUUCAAGAAGAGUACUGUAGAGCAACUUUACUUGGCUAUACAAAUCGUGACUUUGCCUCUUAUUCGACCGCACUGAAAAAGACCGCGGCGCGUAUAUUUUAACGCUCUCCCAAUUUUAAAUUCAACACCAGCGACUGCUCAAUUUUCGUCCUCGAUAUUAUUAAAAAAUGGCUUCUACGACGGUGGAUGAGAAAUCAUCCAAACCCGGCCAAUUGACAAUCACUACCCAACAACUCCUCUCGCCCACGCAUGAGAGAAGCCCGGAAGCAAGUAUGGAAAUCCGCCGAAAUUCGAACGUGUCAACACCAUGCUCCGCCUCUACACCCAAUGGUUUCGACACCGAUAUCGAGGCAAUGGUGACAGUCCGAUCCUCCGAUUAUCUCAAUAAAACGACGACGGGUGCAACCAGGCCAAAAUCAGAUUGUCCCGUCUGGCCUGGACAAGAUCAUUGGCGACAAAAGGCGCGCGCCGCUAAGAUUAACAACAGGUCUUGCCAAUGUAUGGCUCACCUUAGCCAUCGAAAUAGAAUCAUCAUCAAAGUCCUCAUCGCCUUCCUUAUUGUUGGUAUCGCUGUUGGUGUUGGUUUCGGUAUUAGCAAACCACUCGGUGCGGGCAUUUGGCAGCCUAAAGAUUACUGAUCACCUACAACAACUGCUACGCAAACUGAGCAACUAGCAUCCCUGUACUUCGUCUUAGGGAACGAAGCCGCGAUCGCAAUCGCCCAUGAUAGCAACCUGCGUCCCUGGGCUAGAAGGGUCGCACAAGUUCAUGCAGCCUAUCGCUGUUGUGCUUGGAAUCGACCGGGUUUCAGAUACUCGCACUCUUUCAAAGUAGUGCUCGAAUUAGCAAUUUUCCCUUAACUGUCUAUACGCUCCAGUCCUCUAUCCUCUUGUCGAUACCCCAGCGGACCCCGAUUCAUGUAUAAAUUCACUUCACUUCAGGGCAGGGGAAAACGGAACCAUAUCUUAGACUGCGGCAUCUGAAGGCGUUAGGAGUAUUCCGGAUGAGGCAUGUUAUGACGGACAUUCAAAU